UUAUGCUGACAGCAAGUAAAAGGUUAUCGAAAAACUUCGAAGCUUUCAAUUAAGUAUUCAAGAAAAUAUUAAUAAUUUUUAGAAAAAUAUCAAAUUUCAGGAUGUAAUAAACUACCUUGUACUAGUGGCUCCACUUUUUCUUGAUUGGAGAAUACAUUAGUCAAGACUGUUUAUAACAGCAACAAAUAUGGCAAGCCCUUCGCCUCAAAACAGUCCAAUGCCUCCUCCACAGGCACCCAGUCCAAUGGGACCUCCUCCUUCGCAGAGUCCAGCACCCCCUUCUCCAGUAUCUCAGCCUCAGUAUCAAGGUGGUCCUCCACCACCCUCUUCAUACCCCAGUCAAUAUCCUGGACAUCCUCAAAUGCCACCAAAUUCUGAGCAGCAUCCACCUAUGCAUGGUCCACCACAUCAUCAGUAUCCACAAGGUUAUCCACAACAGGGACCUCCACAAUCUCAAAACCAUCCUGGGCAUCCUUCUCCUCAGGGACACUCAGUGAGUCAAAGUCAUACACCUCCACAAGGUCAUGGACCACCUCAGGGACAUGCGCCUUCACAAGGGCAUGUUCCCCCACAGGGACAUAUACCACCUCAAGGACAUGUUCCACCACAAGGCCAUAUACCUCCACAAGGCCAUGUACCCCCACAAAGUCAUGUACCUCCACAAGGCCAUGUGCCCCCACAAGGACAUGUACCCCCACAAGGACAUGUGCCUCCACAGGGUCAUGUUCCUCCACAAGGUCAUCUUCCCCCACAGGGCCAUAUUCCACCACAAAGUCAUGGUCCAACACAGGGUCACCUACCUCCUCAGGGACAUGUUCCACCACAAGGACAUUUACCUCCUCAAGGGCAUGUACCUCCACAAGGACAUGCACCACCACAGGGACAUCCUGGUGUUCCUACUGCUCAUCAGAGCCAUCCUCAAGGACAUUCACAACCACCAGGGCAUCCUGGACCUGGACAUUUACCACCUGGUAGUGGAAUGCAUCCAGGGCAUUAUCCAAGUGCCCAUAGCAUGCCACAGGGUCCCCCUGGACAGCCAGGUCAGCAACAUCAAGGCCGUGCUGCUGAUAAUUUACAUGCCUUACAAAAAGCAAUAGAUACAAUGGAAGAAAAAGGCAUGCAAGAAGAUCAGAGGUAUUCACAGUUACUAGCGUUACGUGCUAGAUCCAGUGGUCAACCAUCUAACGGAGCUCUAACACCGCUGCAAAUGAAUCAGCUUAAAAAUCAAAUUAUGGCAUAUAGGUGCCUGGCAAGGAAUCAACCAAUUCCUCCUUCAAUAAUGUUGGGGCUACAAGGAAAGAGACCUGAUGGUUCACCACAGUUUCCUACUCCUCCGUCAAGUCCGUUUCAACCACAAGGAGCUGGUGCUCCUCCUGUUGGGGAACAACCACCAGCUAAUGCGGAAAAUGUAGCAGAACCAGCAGCGCCGGUAGGGCCACAAGGUGCGCAAGGACCUCCUAACCAACAGAGAACCCAAUCUAACCAGUUAGUUCCUAAUAAGCAAACUCGUUUUACCACCAUGCCUAAACCAGCUGGACUCGAUCCGUUAGUUCUUCUUCAAGAGAGGGAAACUAGGGUGGCAGCUAGAAUCGCUGCUAGAAUAGAACAGUGUAGUAACUUACCUACCAAUCUUUCAGAUAAAGUCCGCAUGCAAGCACAGAUAGAACUGAGAGCUUUGAGGUGCCUCAAUUUCCAAAGGCAACUAAGAAGUGAAAUUUUGAACUGUAUUAGGAGAGAUAUAACGCUUGAAUCUGCUGUAAAUUUUAAAGCAUAUAAGAGAACAAAACGACAGGGCCUAAGAGAAUCGAGAGCUACAGAGAAGUUAGAAAAACAACAGAAGUUGGAAGCAGAAAGAAAGAGAAGACAGAAGAACCAAGAAUUUUUGAAUGCUGUAUUGAAUAAUGGAAAAGAAUUCAAGGAAUUCCACAAGCAAAAUCAAGCCAAAUUAGCUAAGAUUAAUAAAGCUGUUAUUAACUAUCAUGCUAAUGCUGAAAGAGAGCAAAAGAAAGAAGCAGAAAGGAGGGAGAAAGAACGUAUGAUAAGAUUGAUGGCAGAAGAUGAAGAAGGUUAUAGAAAGCUCAUUGAUCAGAAGAAGGACAAACGUUUGGCGUUUUUGCUUUCCCAAACAGAUGAGUAUAUAACUAACCUCACAGAGAUGGUAAAACAACACAAGUUGGAACAAACCAAUAAAAAGAGAGAGGAGGAAAAACGCAAGAAGAAGCAGCAGAAAAUGCAACAACCAGAUAGAAAAGUUACAGUUCUGGAAACUGCGACAGGUAAAAAAGUGACAGGAGAGGCUGCCCCUACACUGAGACAAGUUCAAGAAUGGCUAAUCCAACAUCCUGGAUGGGAGAUGGUCGAUACAGAUGAUGAAGAUGAUCUGGAAAACGGUGAUAAGAGGGAUGAUGAUAACUAUGAUGAAAAUCAGGAAGUAGAUGCAAAAGCAGUGAUUAAAAAAGCUAAAGUUGAAGAUGACGAAUACCACAAAAACACUAAAGAAGAACAGACUUACUACAGUAUUGCUCACACUGUUCAUGAAGUGGUAACAGAACAAGCAUCCAUUCUGGUUAAUGGAAAGCUUAAGGAAUAUCAAAUUAGGGGCUUAGAAUGGAUGGUGUCGCUGUACAACAACAAUCUGAAUGGUAUUCUAGCAGAUGAGAUGGGUCUAGGUAAAACCAUCCAAACGAUUGGCUUAUUGACGUAUUUGAUGGAAAAAAAGAAGUUAAAUGGACCAUUUUUGAUCAUAGUGCCACUUUCAACCAUAUCUAAUUGGAUGUUGGAAUUUCAAAAAUGGGCUCCUACUGUAAUUGUUAUAUCGUACAAAGGCUCCCCUGUAGUCCGAAAAGUGAUCCAGAGCCAGUUAAAAGCUGCUAAAUUCAACGUACUUCUUACUACCUACGAGUAUAUUAUUAAGGACAAGAGUGUAUUGGCAAAAAUUCCAUUCAAAUACAUGAUCAUCGAUGAGGGUCAUCGUAUGAAAAACCAUCACUGCAAAUUGACUCAAGUCCUGAAUACCCACUAUUUGGCACCCUAUAGACUUCUGCUUACUGGUACUCCCCUACAAAAUAAAUUGCCAGAAUUGUGGGCCUUGUUGAAUUUCUUGUUGCCUUCGAUUUUCAAAAGUUGCUCCACUUUUGAACAAUGGUUCAAUGCGCCAUUUGCAACUACCGGUGAAAAGGUUGAGUUAAACGAAGAAGAAACUAUCCUUAUCAUCCGUCGUCUUCACAAAGUCCUCAGGCCGUUCCUCCUGAGACGUCUCAAGAAAGAAGUAGAAUCCCAGCUUCCAGACAAAGUGGAAUAUAUCAUAAAAUGUGAUAUGUCUGGCCUACAGAAGGUUCUCUAUCAACACAUGCAAAGCAAAGGUGUGUUACUUACCGAUGGUUCCGAGAAAGGCAGUAAAGGCAGGGGAUCUAAGGCGCUUAUGAACACAAUUAUGCAGCUGAGGAAACUGUGCAAUCAUCCGUUUAUGUUCCAAAACAUCGAAGAGAAAUAUUGUGAUCAUGUUGGUAUUGCUGGUGGAGUAGUUUCUGGACCAGACACUUAUAGGGUAUCUGGUAAGUUUGAGCUCUUGGACAGAAUAUUGCCCAAAAUGAAAGCAACUAACCAUAGGAUACUUCUUUUCUGUCAAAUGACCCAAUUAAUGACCAUCAUGGAAGAUUAUCUAAAUUGGAGAGGAUUCAAAUAUCUUCGUCUUGAUGGUACAAUUAAAUCAGAAGAUCGCGGGGAUCUAUUAUCGAAAUUUAAUGAUAAAAAUAGUGAAUAUUUUUUGUUUUUGCUAUCUACAAGAGCUGGGGGUCUGGGACUUAAUUUGCAGACAGCUGAUACUGUGAUUAUCUUUGAUUCCGACUGGAAUCCACAUCAGGAUUUGCAAGCUCAGGAUCGAGCUCAUCGUAUUGGACAACAAAAUGAAGUCCGAGUUUUGCGUUUGAUGACUGUUAACUCUGUGGAGGAACGAAUUUUAGCUGCAGCUAAAUACAAGCUUACUAUGGACGAAAAAGUCAUUCAAGCUGGUAUGUUCGAUCAGAAAUCUACGGGAUCUGAAAGGCAGCAGUUUCUUCAGAGUAUUUUACACAAUGACGGUAGUGAUGAAGAAGAGGAAAAUGAAGUGCCUGAUGACGAAACGGUCAACCAAAUGAUAGCUAGGACUGAGGAUGAGUUUCAGCUUUUCCAAAAAAUGGAUACGGAAAGAAAAGAGGAGGAAGAAAAACUCGGUCAGCACAAAAAGUCGCGAUUGAUUCAAGAAAGUGAACUGCCCGAUUGGCUGACAAAACCAGACGAAGAUGACGGCUGGGGUGAUGAUUAUACUGAAGCGCUAUUGGGUAGAGGAACCAGGCAGCGAAAGGAAGUUGAUUAUGCUGAUAGUUUAACAGAAAAGGAAUGGUUAAAGGCUAUCGACGAAGAUGGAGACUACGAUGAGGAAGAAGAAGAAGAAAAGGUGCAGAAAAAGAGGGGUAGGAAGAGAAGAAAGCGCGACGAUUCUGACGACGACACUAGCAGCUCUACAAGAAGGCGUAAGCUACCACAAAGUCAAGUAGAAGCUAGGCUAAAGAGAAAAAUGAGAAAGUUGAUGAACAUAGUUACAAAUUAUAAAGACAGGGAUGGACGGCAGCUUAGCGAUCAGUUCAUUAAGUUGCCUCCAAGAAAAGAGUAUCCAGACUAUUAUACUAUUAUUAAGAAGCCUAUAGAUAUUAGCAAGAUAUUAAAUUAUAUAGAUGAUGGAAAGUAUUCUGACUUCUCCGAUCUGGAACGAGACUUCAUGCUGCUUUGCCAGAAUGCUCAAAUCUAUAACGAAGAAGCGUCUUUGAUUCACGAAGAUAGCAUCGUACUGCAGUCGGUCUUUUCGAGUGCCAAGCAGAAGAUCGAAGCUUCUCCGGAUUCGGACGAUGAGAAAGACGACAAUAAUUCUGAUGUAGAAACUCCUAAGAAUAAAAAUAAACCGGGUAAAGGAAAGAGACGACCCGGCAGGCCGAGGAGGUCGGCGAAAAAAUAUAUUUCCGACGACGAUGACGAUGACUGAAGAGUUUAGGUGUAGGAGAAAUGAGAAUGAAAUUCUUAUUGCAAAAGUUGUACAUAGAAAGGUGAUGUUAUUCUUUACCAAAACUAGCAAAUGUUUGAGAUAAAGAGAAACUGGAACUUUUCUCUUUGGUUUUAGAUAGUACUAUAGAUAGGUUUUGAUAGGGAAUAACAGGUUCAGAUUCGUCCCAGCUUAGAUUUCAUCAUAUGAAUGAUAAUAGAGUACUUAAGUAUAAUAAAUCACGAUUUUUUAAAUUAUAAAUUGCACUUAGUGACAAAAAAUAACAGCUUAUAAAUAAAUUAACAUAGCGAGAAUGAUCCUAUUGAAAAUGCCUGUCUAAUUCUAGUCCGAGAAGUGUUACAAGGUGAAAAGGAGUUGUGAAAAAUGCAUGAAGUGUGUUUUCUAUAUGAGGCGCUCCGUGGACAAACGGCGAAUACGCCAAAUGGGCAUUUUGAGAAAAACGCGAUUAAAGUUGAAAAAGUGUUUUUAAUUCAAUAAGGGCGAAUAUACACGUCAUCAAAAUUUUGUAAUGCGGUUAGGUAAAAACUAUUUUUUUUUAUAAAAAGUUUUGCUUGUUAAGCAAAUAAGAUCACCCCAUCUAAACCAAAAUUAUAAUUCAGGAUAUUGAAAAAAGUUUUAUUCAAAGGAUAUGAUAUGAAAAACAUUUUUUAAUUAAAAAUUGUUCUGUUUAAGAUAAAUCAAAAACCAAAAAAACACAAACAAUAAAUUAUUAAUUCAAGCAAAAAUCUAUAACAUCAUCCUGACUUUCUCCAGUUAGCGUUGCCAAAUUGGUUUGUGAUUCUUGGAGAGAGAUCAGCUCAUCAAAGAAACUCCUAUGAUGAAGCGGUAUGUAUGGAAGAAGUGACUUGAUGUCUUUUAUUUUUUCCUCUGAAAGUUUUAUAGGCUGUUGGUAUUUAGGAGACAAAACUGCGGCAGAGAAAUCAAACAAAUGGCGUUGAUAUUCUUCUACUUUUCCUUUCUACAAAACAACUUGUUCGGACAAAACAUUUUGGUACGUUGGUUGUAUGGAAAACCCUUGUUUGAACAACUUGGAGUAAAGAAAUACUUUACCAUCUUUAAAACUAGCAGUUGAUUUUCUUUUUGUAAUUAACUUCUGAAGAGCAGUGAAAUCAAAAAACAUUGAUGAUGUCAUUUUUACUACUUUGAAUGGUCUGACCUUCCUUGAUGAACGAAUUAAGUCAAUAUAGUGGUCUUCAGAAUAAACAUCAAUAUUUCGAAGCCUUAACUCAAUGUGACCAAAAUCCCUGUCACAACUUAAAUAUGAAUGUCCAGGAAUCAUAAAGUAAUGUUCUAUGAAAUCAAAUUUUAAUUCAUGAAUUUUUUUCAAACAAGCUAAAACAAUGUUCAUAUUUUUGUUCUGGCCGCCACAAUUGUCACUAAAUAGCACAACUUUUUUGACUUGAUGAUCCAUAGAAUCAAAGUAAUGGGACAAGCAGCUUGCUAUUUCACAUGAACCACGACCUCCAGUACUUUCAUUCCACAUGUACAUAACACAUUUUCCAGAUUUAACAUCAUGGACUGCAAAAUUGUAGGUCCAAAGCUUCCUUUUGUAAUACUGUACAGAUGUCGUCAGUUUAGGGGUAGGGAGAGUUUGCUGCAGAUCUAUACAAAUUGCUGAAACUGAGUCUUCAUUAUUACUUUUAUAACUUUUAAGUAUUUUUUGAACUGCUUUGGCUCGUCUUAAAUGAAGUUCCUUGGCAACUUGUAAUUGGUUACGUUGUAAAUCAUCACAAUUUGAAAGUUCCAUAUCUGUUUUGUCACAAAAAUUACAAGUAUCCGACUUAGGAGGGUUGAAACCAAUAAAGGUACUUUCGGUAAGGGCUUUUUGCUCUGCUGUAAUGGCUUGAACAUUUGGGUAAACUAUUUACAUUUAACAUUACAGUUUCUUUCAUUUCUACACUUACUUUGUUAACUGGAUUUUCUUUCAUUUCUACACUUACUUUGUUAACUGGAUUUUUAUUUCCUCUUCUGUCCAAUUCUACAGUGCCACUUGUGGAUACUUUAUUCAAAACAGUUCGAACCCUCUUUUCAGUGACACCAUGAAUCGUAUAGAAUGCUUUUCUGCAGACUUUAAAUUCAUUGCUUUCAAAAAGUACACUGUACUCAAUACUACGUAACUUUCGACUAGGUCGAUUUUUAAUGCGACAACGGUUGACAGAAACAGAUUUCACUCUUUUAGAUAAGUAAGUGUUUUGUAGGUUAUACUUUUGUAGGUAUUUUGUCCGCUUAGGCACAAGUUUUCUGUUUUUAAUGGUGCUGUAUUCUUCACCUGAGUUUCUUUUAACUUUAUUCACAUUCUUUUGCCACGUGUCUUCAGUUUUCGACCUUUUUCUAGUGUAGUCUUUGUUUUGGUCUUCUGUAAACUCGCUUUCUGACAUUGUAGCAGUAAAAUUUUAACGUUAUUAGUAAAGUAACUCAAACUAUUCAAACUAAUCAAAAUAAAAACUACUUGUUUUGACAAGCAAAACGACACUGUAGCUUAAAACGGUAAAAAUAAGACGGAAAUCACGGAAAUUUUAUUCAGAAAUUUGGCAAGACAGAAGUGGGAGGGCUAGCUGUGUACCGACGUAGCGGUGGCGUAUUCGCCGUUGUUCCACGGAACAUUUACCAUACUUUUUAAGAUUCAUACAGUUUGCUUCCGUUAAGUCAACCUAUUAUAGUUCUGAAUAGAAAGGACGAAUAAACCAUGUUAUGGUGGUACAUUGUUCGAAUAAUGAUCAGGCUAUCCAUUGCAUAAAAAAAACUGUAACUGGCGUAUUCGUCCUUUUUCCUCGGAGCGCCUCAUAUAUUCACUACCUACAUCCUUAAGAAUAACGGAUACAGCAAUCAAUUUUUAUGGUGAGGUUCGCAAAAAACCCGAGUGAGUCCCGAUUUACCGAACUUUUCCGACUGGCAAACGAUCGGAAGCUCGGCAUUAACUGACGUUACGAGGUGCUCGUCACUACUGUUAGAUUAUCUGUUAUUCAAACAGAAUUGUAGAUUUGUCACUUAGAUUUAUUUAACCCAGUGAUCGGCAAAACUUUUAAGUAGUAGGCUUAAGCCACAUUAUGAAAAAUUGAAACUAAUAUGGGUCAUAUCAAAUAGUUUUCAUAUUAUCUGAUCCAACGCUCAUUUGAAUAAAUAGGUACUAAGCACGAAUUCUUUAUACAAUACUCUCCCCCAGAGCGGUCCUUGCACUAGUUGUUAUCCAUCAUAUAUAUCUCCCACAAUUUUCGCAUAUUCAUCGGGAACUAAUUUUUUAUCGGCCCUCACCACAGAAAUUCUCGGUGAAACGUGUCGAAUACCUACAUGUCGAACAUCAUAAGGCGUUUACAUAUUUUGCUUAUCUGUCUUACAUAUAUUUAAACUAAUUUUCAUUGACUAAAAGCCAUUGAGAAUUUUUGCAUUCCAUUUUCAUUAAAAUACAGAAUAAAUAGCUGUAUUUUGUAGCAAAUAAAACGCUUCUAUUUGAUAAUAUUCAAAUAAACGAUUGGUCAUAUCAUUUUGUUUCAGACAAUGAUCAAGAGAGCUUUAAUAAUCGUUGCGCAUAAUCCCAAUGCGGAACCCUAUUAAAAUAUGCGUAUGAGUUAAAUACGAGGCUAUUGACUAUAUUUAUAAUAUUAAUCUAGCGAGAGAAAGAAAUCGCACGAUUUUUGUUAUUACACAACAUAAUCUCCUUUUCGCUUAGUAUACUUGAUAGGAAGUUUGAAAAUAGUAAAUAUUCACACGGGGCUAAAUCUGGCGAGUGUGGGUAGUUGAUUAUUUUGUAUCAUCGAUCCAUGCCUUAAUUCUGUGAAAUUAAUUAGGACGAAUCAGGAACCAAAAUGCAACCUAAUAGAAUAUCGCGCCAGGGUGUCAUAAGGAUCCGCUUAUUGUAUAUUUUACAAAGUUUUAUUUCAGAUUUUUAUGUGGCUUAAUCAAUCAUAUACAUUUAUACCAACAGAACCUCUUAGAUUUACAUAUAUAAUGUGCUCUUAUCAUUUAUACUUAUCUUUGGUAUUAUAUACAGGGAAUAGUAUUUUGUAAUUAGAAUCUAGAAAU